ACCUGGCAACUCUGUGCAAAAGUGAGGAAACAACUACAAAAGUCUUCGGUCUGCAGCAAACAUCACGAAGGAGAUAAAACUGAGUUUGGUGCUUUAAAUUAUGGAUAAAAUCAUGGGUAUCUGUCGAUUUUGUCUCAACUCUACCGUACUUACUGAAAGUAUAUUGAUUAACAAUGCUGAAUUUCGUUCGAAAUUUGAGGUUUUAUUCAACUUUGCUAUAACUGAUGAUAAAUUACUACCAUCUAUCGUUUGUUCGAGCUGUCGAAGCAGAAUAAUCGAAUUUUACAACUUUCACGAAACAGUUCGAGUUAAUCAAAUCGAGUUAAGAAAUGAAGCUGUCAGCCGCAAAGAAUACCAGCGCUUAGCGUUUGAAAAUGUAAUUAUAAAACAGGAAACUCCAGACAGUGAGCAAAAUGAGCUUGAUAAUGUGAUUUGGUUAGAGGAACGGGAAACAAAUCAUGAUGCGGAUGACGUUGAGCAGGAUGACUCCGUGACUGUGCUUAAAUUUAAAGUGGAAUUGAAUGAACCUGAUACCAGUACGGACGACCAAGAAGCCAUCGCUCAAGUAAGGCACAGUGUUGAAACAUUAAAACGAAUCGAUGAACAUGAAUUAAAAAGUCAAAAAGAGCGAAUAAAAAGAAGCGCUGUUGAAAAUCAAAAAAUAUCAGAAUUUUUCGAACUGACUUGUGAGUACUGCCCCGAAACUUCAAACACUUUUGGUCGAUUACAAACGCAUUGUCGAAAUGUUCACGAUAAAAAAGCAGGAGUAAAAUGCUGUGGUCGAAUUUUCUACGAUAAGUAUAAAAUAAUUGAGCAUAUAAAUUCCCAUGAAAAUCCGAAUCAGUUUUACUGUGAAAUUUGUCAAAAAUCCUAUCGCAGUAAAGAGUAUCUCGCAGUGCACAAUCUAAAGAUGCAUAGGAAAUUGGGAGAUAACUCCUUUAGUUGCGACGAAUGUGGCAAAAGUUUUCCGCAACAGGGAUUAUUGAAUGCGCAUCUGAAAGCUCACACUCAAACUAUAUGUUCCAUAUGUCAUCAAAAGCUGGGUAGUAAUUCCCUAAAAAUGCAUAUGCUAAGGCAUACAGGAACCAUGAAAUAUGUAUGCGACACAUGCGGAAAAGAAUUUCGCAGUAAAAUAACAUUGGAGCAACAUAUCAAACGUCACAAAGGUAUUGACGACCGACUGCAGUGUCACAUCUGCGGUCGUUGGAUAUUGGGGAAACGCGUUAUGCAGAUCCACAUGAACACGGUUCAUUGCGACAAAACUCGGGAGUUUUAUUGUGACAUAUGCUUCCUGAAGUAUCCGAAUGAGCGAUCGCUAAGUGUCCACAAGGGUCGAGUUCACGUGGAGAAAAAAUUCGAAUGCGAAUUUUGUGGAAAAAGGUUUAAACGCAGUAUCAACUGUAAGGAGCACCGAGCUUCGCAUACCGGUGAAGUGCUGUACUCUUGCAAUAUAUGUGACGCGACCUUUAAUUCGAACGGAAAUCUGUACUCGCAUAAGAAAAACAAGCAUCCAGAGGAAUGGAUGGAAGCAAAGAAGAAAGCUUUUGCGGCUAACUACGGACAAGAGAUUAAGGGCUGCCCAUAAAUCUCAUAAUCGAGAUUUGACACUCAUUGGCAUUCGCAAGCAUUUACAAAUAGUCCUCUGAGUCAAGCAGUUCGGAAGUUUC